AUGGUCUCUGAGAGCCGGCUCGUUGCCCCCUGUGUAGAGUCUCCCCAGGCCGUGUGUCAAAGAGGCUGUGGAUUCGAGAAAGGUCACGGCCUGUCCUCUGUCUUGCAGAGCAUCGUCGGUCACUGUUGUCCACCCCACAGAGACAGCGGAGUUGUGCACUGCGGCCUGAAAUUCCCCCAGUUCCUCAUUUCCGACCGGGAGUUUCCUGGCUCCAGCCGACUCCUCCUGAAGCGGCCCCCCUUCUGCCCCAUCAAGCAUUUGACUGUAGCGCAAAUGGCUUCCCUCCCUGCAGAGACCCGGCACCGAGGGGUGGAUGUUGGGGUGGCCCUCCUCCUGGAAUCACCCAGCCAAAAGGUGUUGUUGACACGCCGGGCGAGGACACUGAGCAUCUUCCCCAAUGUUUGGGUGCCUCCUGGAGGCCACAUUGAACCGGAGGAACAGUUGCUGGAUGCGGGGCUGAGGGAGCUGCAGGAAGAGACUGGCUUGUGGCUGCAGGAGAAUGAGUUCUCGUGGCACCCGCUGGCCCUCUGGGAGUCUGUGUACCCCCCCCGGCUGAGCCAGGGCUUGCCCCAGCGCCAUCACAUCGUGAUCUAUCUCCACUUGGUUUUGCACAAGAGCCACCAGCAGCUCCAGGCAAGGUUUAAGCCCAAUGAAGCCGAGGUCACAGCUUUCGCUUGGCUGGAGCCCCCCACCCUGGCAUCAAUUGCGGCUACAGAGGAUGGGGCAGAAAGUGAGGCCAUGGGGGUGGAUGGUGACGCUCCAUCGACUGUCAGCAUCACCGAACUGGAGAAGGGCUCAGCCAAGACAGUUGUGAUUCCCACUACCACUUUCCUGGCCACUGCACCAGCACAAGGGGAGGAUGUGGAGCGUGUCAGCACUGGAACCAAGUAUGCCCUCCGGCAGUGGCUGAAGUCUUGGGCUACCUGAGCUGACCGAGCAGCCGAGGAUCUCAGAGGUUUGGGAAGCAGGAAGAUCCAUUUAGCAGGACUCAAGUUACGUUUGGUUCUCAACACUCCCUGAAUUUUUCUUGGCUUUUGUUUUUGGAACUUUGGGGAUCUGUAUUCCAGUUAUUGUUCAGCUGCCAAGAGAUAACAAGUCUUGUUUAGUUUUUGCCUUUCUGUGGCUGUAGACAUUACUUCACUCAUCUGACGGUAAUAGAAGGCAUGGCGAGUGGCAGGGAAGUAAGUCUUGAACAUUGUUGUUAGAGAUUCCCUAGAUUGCACAUCUAUUCCUUCAGGGUUCCAAGACAUGCUGGUGGGUUCACUUUUCUCUUUUUCCGAGGGGCAAGUUGGAAAGCAAGACCCACACCCAAGAGUCAAUCAAGGACUCAAAGUUGAUGGAAAUACCUUGUAAUGAUAAUUCUGCAAGACAAUUCCGUUCUGGACUAGUCAGAUCAGAUCCCCAAAUAAAGCCUUCUGUGAAAGACUAGAUUUCACUAGAAAAGAUUAAGAUGAGGAUUGGGGGACUGAAAACAAAUUCUAAAAGAGAGACUGACAAACCGAGGAGGGAUGGGGACCAGAGGGAUGAUGCAUAGAAGACUUCCUUCUAUGGUUUACUCUUCAUCAGGGCAAAUUCAGAAUAAUAGGUUGAGGAAGCUUUAAUUUUGAGAUUGAAUCCAGUGGUUACAAGGACCCCUUCCAGCUCAAGGAAAUCAUCUAUGGGUUCAACGUUGUGCUAAACUAUAGUUAUAACCAUGCUAUAUUGAAAACUCAAAAUUAGUUGGAUUCACACAACUUGCUGCCAUAAAGCAGGGUUUAAGAAGCCACAAAA